AUGGAGGCGUUUACCGCCGACCCUCACGGGCUCGCUGCAGUACGCGAAUCCCUAACGUCGUCCUCGUCCAACUCGACAGUCCGCGAAAGCGACCGCAAAGACACCAAAAAGAAGAGGACGUUGUCGCCCUUGCCCCCGAGCCCGCCUCCACGGAAGUCUUCCCAGAAGUUUGCCAAGAGCAAAGACAAAGAUGAAUCUCCAUCAAAGGCCUUCCGGGAGCCUGCCAUGCCUGUUAUGAUUACAACGACACCCGUCCAAUCGCCCCCACGGGUGCCACCAGCCGCUUCACCUAGGGCAACACCACCGGCACGGCCCAGCAGAGACAAUACCCCGGACUUACAGUCACAGUUGUUUGGUCCAUGGCCUGUCAUCCAAAGCAACCUGUCAUCUACCUCCUUAUUGGGCGACAGACGCGGACCGGAUCCCCAGGCUGUGUCGAGAUCGACAACUCCCCUGUCUUACCCGGACAUCCCUCAAUCAUCUCGACUACCGGUUGGCAGGGAAGCUACACCGGCCCCACGGUCGACCAACGCCUCCAAGACCAAGCAGAGCGAAGGACGUGUUACCCGCACCCCCAGUCCCAACACAUCGACAUUCUCUCGAUUUCCCUUCUUCGGCCGUCGUUCCAAGACAGCACCGGAAAUCCCCGGGUCGACAAGAAAGACAAGCCCGCUCGCAAAGGCCCUGCUGCCGGCACUGGUCAUGAGGGAUACGGACGCCUCGGCGGAAUCCGGCGGAAAAGUGGCAGCUCAACCACCAACCCGGCCCGACCAAGCCUGGAACCUGGAUCAUCGCAGGACAGCUUGA